AUGGGGCGCGCGCGCGACGCCAUCCUGGAGGCGCUAGAGAACCUGACCGCGGAGGAGCUCAAGAAGUUCAAGAUGAAGCUGCUGUCGGUGCCGCUGCGUGAAGGCUACGGGCGCAUCCCGCGGGGGACGCUGCUGCCCAUGGACGCCAUGGAUCUCACCGACAAGCUCGUCAGCUUCUAUCUGGAGGCGUACGGCGCUGAACUCACGGCGGCCGUGCUGCGCGAAAUGGGUAUGCAGGAGACCGCGGAGCGACUGCAGGAGAUCAACAAUGGCCCUGGAGCCGCACGAGCCGCACCAGCCGCACUAGCCGCACCAGCCGCACCAGCCCGUCUGGGCCCUGUUCAGACGGCAGCCAAGCCAGCAUUGCACUUUGUGGAUCAGCACCGGGCAGCCCUCAUAACGCGGGUCACAGAAGUGGAGGGGUUGCUGGAUGCCCUGUAUGGGAAGGUUCUGUCCGAGGAGCAGUACCAGGCAGUGCGGGCAGAGGCCACCAAUCCAACGAAGAUGAGAAAGCUUUUCAGCUUUGCUCCUUCCUGGAACCUGACCUGCAAGGACCUGCUCCUCCAGGCCCUGAAGGACACCCAGCCCUUCCUGGUGGCAGACCUGGAGCAGAGCUGAGGUGUCUUCCUCAGCAGCAGCCCCAUAUUCAACCCCUAGCGGUUCCAGCUAACUCACUGAGUCUUGUUUUUUUAUACACAAUAUAUGAAAAAGCAGCUUGUA